AAUGUUCAACAUCAAGAUGGCCUCUCGUUUUCAGUGUUUUUAUCCACGUUUUUAUCGCAUUUCUACCGUUUCUACUCGUCUUCUCAACUUUCAACUGUAAAUAAAAGUAAUGGGGAGUAAGCAGAGAGAUGGUAUACAACUGGAACGUGCCUUUUUGCUCAGAUUACCCGAGCACCAGGCAGAAAUGACAAGAAAAUCUCUUCAUGCAGGAUUUGUGAAAGAUUAUUUAAGUAUUGAAUUCCAAGACGGCAAUCGUCAUGCAACUGUUCGAGUUGGAAAAUCCUGCCUUUCAGGAAAGUUAAUGGAUUUGCCUACCAUAGUUGAGUCACACAAAACUGUGGACAAGAAAAGUUUCUAUAAAACUGCUGAUAUUUCCCAGAUGUUGUUGUGCAGUAAUGAAGGCAACAAUGAAGAUGUAGAUGUUGAAGAAACAGGUCAACAAUUGUCAACUCAUAAGAAAGAAAGGAAAUUCAUGUUUGUUCAUGGUGUAACACCACCUUUAAAGAAUGUUAGAAAACGAAGGUUUCGUAAGACAGCCAGAAAAAAGAAUCAAGAAAGCCCCGAAAUUGAGAAGGAAUUAAAAAGAUUGCUGAGAGCAGAUGUUCAGGCUGAAAGUGUUACUUAUGAAGUUGUAGCAGAUGAAGAAAAAACCGAAGAAACUCCAAGUUUGAUGUCAUCACCACUCGGUAACCUGGGAAAUGAAAUGGAUCAUUUGGCUUUUCUGCAAGAACCAAUGAGUGACGAGGAAGAUGAUUUAGAUGUUGAAAAUAUUUUAAAAAACUCUUUACCAUCUAAUCCAGUAGAAACAACAUCAGAUCAUGAUCAGGGAGGUGUUAGUAAUUCACUUAAGGACAAUGAACAAAAAAUGGAGAUUUCAUCACAACCAUUAUCCCAAGGACGUAGAUUUGAUGUUUCUCAUGAAUUGAAGAAAAAGAUUACAGCUCAAAAGGCCCGGAUUGACAGUGCUGAAAAUCCAUUUCUAAAGCAACGGUUUCAGCAAACACUUGCUAAUCUAGAGCAACAAUUGAAGGAAGCAGGAAAUGUUGACCAUUAGCUUAUUUUAAUCUCAGAUUCUCAAUAUCGAUCAUUUUUGUAAAGUACUAGUCCGUCUUCUCUAAAUACUUAUUUCGCCCUAGCUUUUUAUGAUGAAGUACAGAUCUAUUCUCUGUAAUUUACUGUAACUUAGAGAGGUAACUUACUGACCACUUAGUGUAUAUGGUUUGAUUUAUAAUUAUUACAUUUGUCGUGAUUUUACAGUUAA